CUCCGAUACUUCUUUCGGAUACGAUUUUCUUUUUUUGAUGUGGAUGACUUCUUCAUUAUCUCCGGUACGCAGAAUUAGUUUAUAAUAUUCCCGCUCUACGACCACUACCAGCAACAGUGACAGUCGAGUAUAACAUGAAAGACUAGACCUACCAGACCACGGACAUGACUAAGAAGUAGCAACUCAUCAAAUCAAGAUCAAAAUGGCUCAUAUAGGCAUCAGCCAGCAGAAAACGCUGUCACCAACGCAGACGAUGCCACCAACGCUUUUCUUGAAGUCCAAAGAGAGUCGCUCAACACUGAAGAAAGGUGGCUAAUUUGUGACUUUGCACUUUAGUCGGUUCAGAUUGAGAUAUUUAUUAUAUAGUAAUUCUGAUAGGUUCAGUUCUAAGAUGUUGAACUUAGGUCCUCCCUUCUGUUGAAGAAAUAUAUAGACACGUUGAAGAAAUAUAUUUAUAAUGCAGAUUGUUGUUGAAGUUGAUACAUAUUCCAAGUCUUGAAGAUACAACAUUAUUGGCAAAGUCGGGUGCCUUUAUAACACGGACUUUGCGAGUAAAUACAACAGCUCCGGCACUACCGGUCUUCAAUGUUGGUUUCUGCACUAUUCUAGAUGCAGAAGAAAUACUUAGGAAAAGUAAUAAUACAGAAGUACGGUGGCAUAUAGUCCUAACGCAAAAAAAAAAGAUCACUAUCAGAACUAUUCUAGAAAAUUUUGGUAGCUUCACUGGGACAAUAUGAAAGAACUUUCUGUUGAGUGUGAGACGACCGGAGCUCAAACUUUUUCCCUUCGGGUUGAGAAAGCAUGGGCGCAGAUGGUCGCGUGAGAUUUCCCUAAAUUCUGUCCUUGUGUGAUGAUGAGUUGUGCUGAGAGUUGCAAAUCCCGCUCGUUCUCUCGUUCUGUGGAGUAUUUUUGCUCUGUUCUCGUUUGAGUCCUCGUCGCCGUGGGAGAGAUGAUUAACGAGAAGGGAGUCCCCAGCUCCUUUCUCGCGGCCGAUGCUGUAUCUUACCUCCCGCAGCAAGCCCGUUUUUGUAGAGUAGCCCUCGUUGUUUGGCAUUCAUAAGGCUCCGCCUUUUCAUCUUAGCACAACUUCGCCAUCUUUCUCGUUUCUUAUGUAUUCUUUUACUCUUCCUUGUCCUGGUUCACGAGAUCGCUGGUUUUGGCGUAGACGUCGGGAGAAGGAGACGAAGAGGGGACAAAUUGAGGAAGGCGACUGAGGCAAGCAACAUACACAAAAAACUCUUCGUAGGGGUACCUGAGGGAGUAUCACUCACGCUGGAGGGUACGGCAGAAGAGAAAAAGGAAGAGGCGUCUAAGGAGGAGAAAAAGGAAGAGGCAGCAGAAGAGAAAAAAGAAGAGGCAGCAGAAGAGGAGAAGGAAGAAAAGAAGGAAGAGGCGGCAGCGGACGCGGGACCAGCGUCAACAUGUCCCAAGAAGUCUGAGGAUCUGAAGACAGUCUACGAGCUCAAAGCUUGCGCUUAUGCUGCAAUCUGAAGAAUAGGAAGAGAGCCGUCUUCAUCGAAGUCGAACGUCAAGACUGUAAAUUAAAGUGUCACAAGAUGUUGAAAAAGAAGAAUAAUGAAUAUUUAGCAUAUGAAUAUCAAUCUUCAUUUUCCCUCAGAUGCCGCAAAGAGACUGGACGAUAUGGCCACGAAGUUGAAGACACCGUCGUGUCUGGAGAUCUUCAAGCAAUGUCGGAGUAAUGUUAAGGAAUCGAAGGUCAUUUGUUGGCGUUACGAACACUCUAUUAUACCUUGCAGACUCCCUGUCUUGGACCGUGAUAGCCCUUAAUCAUCUUGAUCUUUUGCUGUAGUGAGACCUCAUGCUGACAGGUAGCCCCUAUACCUCACGAAUAGGCACAUCAAUCAAUCAAUCAAUCAAUUUUGUUGUAGUGAGACAGAACAGCGACUAAUGCUGCUCCUGAUAUUAAUUUUUUCAUAUACAACAGGAGCAGCAUUAGUCGUUGUAUUCAUAAUUAAUAGAUAUUAACUUCUUCGUCAUUAGUAGUCAAUACUCAUACAUCAAGGGGAACAACGCUCUAUACUAUAGAUAUUAACAUUGUGUUCACAAUAGAUGAUUUCAAUUCAGUCCUCGUAUGCUCCUCUAGACCGAGGAGCAGAGUACUCAACUCGAAGUAUCAUCGAAAGUAUUCAACUAGAAAUCUAGACCAGGGAGCAGAGUAUUCAACUCGAAGUAUCAUCGAAAGUAUUCAACUAGAAAUCUAGACCAGGGAGCAGAGUAUUCAACUCGAAGUAUCAUCGAAAGUAUUCAACUAGAAAUCUAGACCAGGGAGCAGAGUAAUCAACUCGAAGUAUCAUCUAGAAGUACUAGUUCAUGCCACGUCUAAGAAUGAGCAUGGCAUGAAGGAGGUGGGGGAUGAGGGCAAGAAGACUGGCGCGAGAAGCGAUUUUUGGGAUCUAGAGAUGUGGAACGAAAAAUGCGCGGAUGUUCUAUUCGAAAUGGAAAAUUAUGGUCAAUAUUUCUUUUGCACAGAAAUUAUAGGAGUAUCAUGAGUAACCACUAACUACACUCACAGAAGAUCACAGAAGUUUCAGGGAACAAAUCGUGUGUCCCGCCGAACCGAAAAGCGUCUUCAACUAACACUCAGAGCACAUGAAGAAAGGUAAAAACACAACAAGUGAAAGAGAACAAGAACGUAAAGGGAUCAUUAUAGUGCUUUUACUAACUCUUCACGUACUAGUCGCAGCCAGGUAGAUGAGCCAGCUGGAUUUCUCAGAAACAAAAAUGUAAUUAUCAGUAUCUUUAUAAAUACUUGCGGCGAUUUUCGUUUUUGAGUACUAGACCAUGACCACCUAUUCUUGUUUGUUUGUCUUGAUGCGCUCCGGCUCCGGGCAACGCGUACGAUCACGCCGGUUUUCUUCUUUCUUCGUGUGUUUUGUGAUAUGGUGGCCGCAGCGACUAUGAUGUUCCUAGCCUUGCUGUUCUUCUAAUAAGAAGGAGAUAAGGACAAGGGCGAUGACAAGGACGCCAAAGAAAUGGAGCAGGAUGGUCUUAAGGCACCCGAUGGAGGACCCUCAACAUCAUCCUUGGCUUGGUGGCGGUGCGGCUAGUUACUUCCUCUGCAACAGGAGGGAAAAAAUCUCUUCAACAGCACACAUGCUAGUACCUUAUUGAGGGGGGAUCUUCCUUGACUAUUUUCCGAAGGGGAAGAGCGAGGCGCGGCCAAGGAUGCAGUUGUCAGGGUUGUUGCGAACGCGGUAGCUCUAAGGAUCACGCCGACGGGGGUUUUUCCUCUUUCUCAGCAUUACAACUACAGGUGCUGAGAACUGCGUGUAGUGGAAAGAAAGAUAGUGAUAGCCACGGUCUCUGCAAGAAGUUACACGCCGCAAUCGCAAAUAACGAAGAUGAUUUGGUACUACUUACUCUUAUAAAUUAAUGAUUUGCUGCAUCCUCCUCUGUCUUCUAAGUAAAUCAAAAAAUUCAAAUCUUUCACUAGCUUCAACUAGAGCAUAGCCACUUGACGAUCAUCCCCAUCCGGAUGAUCCCCUCCAGGCAACAGAAGCCGCAGCAUGGGUGAAAGAGGAGGAAGAACCGGCACCAGGCCACUCUCCGACACCUCCAGCCAAGAAGAAGGAGCAAAAUCUAGCCAACCUCUUCAAGAAAGACGAAGCGGCCAAAAAGAAGGAGCUGCCGGACGAGAGUUGGUUAGUAAUGGUGAGAAUUCGAUACUCGAAAACUGAAAAUAACCGAGUUACUGACUGAAAUAAGGGAGGUAGCUUUGACAGGGCUACUCCUCCUUGUUCAGUAUCUCGACUAUUUCUAUAUUAAGUAGUUAGUUACUC